CAGGGUGGAAUCUCCGCGGUGUGUGUGUGUGUGUGUGUGUGUGUUUUGCUACGAGGUGUGUUAUAAUGCACUGAAGUGUCUUUGUCAGUGUUUUCAGACAUGAAGCUCGCCGUGUGCUGGUGGAUAUUUAGUGUCUGGGUUUCAGUCACACAGGGUGCCAAGAUCAGUCCUAGUAUUGUUAAGGAGCAGUUGCUGUGGGUCGGCGGCAGCACCGGGAACGUCCACACGUACCGCAUUCCCCUGCUGAGCUUCACCCCCCGCGGACAUUUGGUGGCGUUCGCGGAGGCCCGGAAGACAUCCUCGUCUGACAUGGAGGCCAAAUUUAUAGCCAUGCGACGCUCUACAGACAAAGGAGCGACCUGGUCUCCUACCACGUUCAUAGUGGAUGAUGGGGUUCACACCGAUGGUACAAACCUCGGUUCUGUUGUGGUGGAUGAAGAAAAAGGAUCUCUGAUGCUGAUCUAUUCUCUGUGCUUCUACCGCUACCAGUGUAGCCCAUCCAGCACCAUGUUAGUGGAAAGUCUGGAUGAUGGCGUGACCUGGAGCGCUCCCCGCAACCUCUCCGUCGAUCUCGGCGUCAAGAGCUUCAUCCCCGGCCCGGGAUUUGGCAUUCAGAAGCAGCAUAAUCCUGCGAAGGGCCGUUUGGUGGUGUGUGGUCACGGCACUAUCGAGGGUGAUGGGGUGUUCUGUAUCCUGAGCGACGAUCACGGGCAGACGUGGAGGAACGGGGGGUCGCUGAAGAGCAUCCCUUAUAAACAGCCCAAACAGAGCAGAGACUUCGUCCCUGAUGAGUGUCAGCCGGUGGAGCUUCAAGACGGCAGCAUCAUGAUCAGCGUGCGAAACCAGAACAACUACCACUGCCACUGCAGGAUGGUGGUGCGGAGUCUGGACGGAGGAGAGACCCUGCCUGUGGAGGAGCUGAAGUUCGACCACACGCUGGUGGAUCCCGUGGUGGCGGCUGGAGCGCUGCAGAAGGAGGACGUGCUGUACUUCACCAACCCUGCCAACUCCCAGAAGAGAGUGAAUCUGACUCUGCGCUGGUCUCUGACCGAUGGGAACUCGUGGGAGAAGACGACUUUUCAGAUCUGGAAAGGGCCGAGUGGUUAUUCCUGUCUCACGUCUCUCAAGGACGACCAGAAACACAUUUUUGUCCUGUACGAGAAAGGCCAUAGAGACUAUUACGAGACUGUGUCUUUAGCAAAAAUCUGUCUGCAUGGUGGCAAAUAGAAGGUAGACUACACAAUGUUUGUGUAGCUGUAAAAAGCAUUGGUUUUAAACUUUAGUUCUUGAAAUGGCUUGAAGAUUAUUCAUCAACCGAUGCUUUUUUUUAUUGCAUUACCCGGAUAAACGUUCUCACUUUUUAAGAGGGCCAAAAAUCCCAAAUCCCUGCCAACUGAAUUACUUUAGAUGUUGAUGAUAGACGAGGUUUCACAUGGUGUAUUAUAUUCAUUUUAAAGGUCUGUCGUCAACUUCUGAUAUUCAGAUAUAUACAAUACAAGCAUACGUACUGUAUAAUGGAUUUGUUUUGGUUUUAAAAUAUCAACAAAAUAAAUAUAUAGUUGUAUGUACAAUA